AUGGGUACAACUCACAAUCUCACAAUAGAGGAUAUGGAUAAGUUCUUGAGAGAUUGGCGGCAAGAUGCCAUGAACAAACACCAAUACGACUCGGCAAUAUUCAUUGGAGAUAAAUUGUUAGCCAUAACAAAAAGCGAUAAAGAUGCUUUCUGGCUUGCGCAAGUUCACUUCUCCACUGGGAACUAUACCAGGGCCCAGAGCUUUCUUACCAAACAAGACCUAAUAGCUCGGAAUCCAUCCUGUCGGUACCUCGCAGGCCAUUGUCUAAUAAAACAAUCGAGAUUCGAGGAAGCCUUGAAUAUUCUCGGCGAGAAGAACCCUACACAUUUGAUAUCAACUAGUGGUCAAAACAGAAAGAAAUUACAAUAUACGAGAGGGCAUGCCCGGAAUGGAUCAACAACACAAAGCAGUCGACAUAGGCAGGACGAAGUAGCCAAGGAUGAAGCCGCAAAUAUAAAAUUCGAAGCUGCAAUGUGCUUCCUGCGAGGACUCUGCUAUGCCAAACAAAAUGCUUUCGACAGAGCAAAAGAAUGUUAUAAGGAUGCUGUACGAAUAGAUGUGCAAUGCUUCGAAGCAUUUGAGCAACUCAUGAAGAACUGUUUGAUGUCUCCAGAAGAAGAAUGGCAAUUUCUAGAAUCUCUGGAUUUUGAUACUAUAUCUGUUGCGGACGAUACUUCAUCCUCUCAGGAAGCAGCGGAAUUCACAAAAUUGCUUUACACUACUCGACUCUCAAAAUACAAAAACCCCGCAGCUUUCACAACGGCAACGGAAACACUUUCAACACAUUAUAAUCUUGCUACAAACCCUGAUCUUUUAUUGUCCAAAGCGGACCUAUUUUUCACACAAUGCAGGUUUAAGGAUGCUUUAGCUAUCACCAAUUCUAUUCUCGAGGAAGACAAAUACAAUUUCAGUAUAUACCCCUUACACUUGGCAUGUCUGUACGAAUUACAACUUAAGAAUGCCCUUUUCUUAGUAUCACACGACCUAGCGGACAACCAUCCGGAAGAGCCAUGUACAUGGCUUGCUGUGGGUAUAUACUACUUAGCCAUAAGCAAAGUUGCUGAAGCUCGACGGUAUUUUAGCAAAGCCAGUAUGAUGGAUCCUCAUUUUGGACCCGCUUGGAUUGGAUUUGCCCAUACGUUUGCAGCAGAAGGAGAACAUGAUCAAGCAAUCUCAGCAUAUUCUACAGCAGCACGACUUUUCAUGGGCACUCACUUACCUCAACUAUUUUUAGGCAUGCAAAAUCACAUGCUAAAUAAUAUGACCCUCGCCGAUGAAUUUUUAAAAACUGCAUACGAACUCUGCAAAACCGAUCCAUUGCUCCUUAAUGAAAUGGGAGUAGUGUUUUAUCAUCAAGAACGACUUGAAGAUGCCGUCUUAAUUCUAAGAAAAGCCCUCGAGAUCGCCGAGGAGAUUGAUAGCGACCCACAAGCUUGGAUAUCCACUCGUGCGAAUCUCGGUCAUGCAUAUCGUCGUCUUCAUCAAUGGGAUGCCGCCCUGGCAGAAUUUGACGAGGUGCUUCGGCAGGGUGGAAAAGAUCCUGCCAUCUUUUGCGCAAAGGGUUUGGUAUUGAUGGAGCAAAGGAAGCCUUUUGAAGCGGUCUUGGUGUUUCACGAAGCACUUGCUAUUUCGCCUCAAGAUGCUAUUGCAACGGAACUACUUAAUAAAGCUUUGGAGGAAACGGCUAUUCAUGGGAUUGAUGGGAGUAGGAUUUUUGAUCAGGAGGAGGAUGAAAUUGAGAGGGAGUUAUCACUGAGGAAGGAUCAGGUAUUGGCGAAUUUGAGACCGAGCAAAAUGAAAGGGAAGGGAAAGUCGAGGAGUAGGGUGGUGGUUCAUGAGGUUAAUUCAAUGGAUGUCAGUGAUGCGGAUUAA